AUGCUCAGCGCUGACGAGCCCAUGUUGAGCACAACCGCCGCUUGCGGGAGGUUGACCUGCAUGGGAUGCGCUGCCUGGGCGCGCUUGCUAUACGCCGAUCUCACGGCCCAUGUUGAGCACGACCGCCGCUUGUGGGAGGUUGACCUGCAUGGGAUGCGCUGUCUGGGCAUGUUGCUGUGCGCUGAUCUUGAUGCCUCCCCUGCUGAGCACGACCGCCGCUUGCGGGAGGUCGACCUGCAUGGGAUGCGCUGCCCUGCCGUGGAAGCCACGCCCCCCGUCGCACCCACCGCGGUUGAGGCUCUUCUGAUGGGCAUGGGCAAGAGCCGCGCCACAGCUAUCUCCGGCGACACGGUGGCCUUUUUGUAUCCGCUGCUGGUAGACGCCGGCCUUGCCGCCCAGGACGCCAGCCUAGAAGACAAGGCCAAGGCGAUUGGCCUUUUUUCAAAGAAGAUCAAGCAAGACAACCCCACGGGUUGGUGGAUCAAUAGGCCAACGUGGUCCCGUCUCCAGAAGAAGCGCGUCAAGCACCACAUUGGGCUCCAGUCUGGCAUCAUCGCUGCGAUCAGCGAUGGCAGUCUUACCACGGCCGACUUCUCGGUCGACCCGCAGCCCUCCGCCAGCCGCCCGGUUGUUCACAUCGUGGUGCCAACGCCCGCCUUGUGCGAUGGCUGGGAGGGCAAGAUGGUCUAUGCCGGGUUUGGGAAGAGGCCGGCAAAGGCGAGGGGCCUGGAAAGGCUUGAGCAAGUUGAACCCCAGGCGGGGGCCAACUCUACAUCCGCGACGAGCACGGUGCCCUUGUGGCCACAAUCUCGUACAAUAGCGCGAGUCGUCACAAACACGACCUGCGGCUGGGGCUCAUCGUCGAGUCCUGUGGAUCCCGGCUGGCUGUGGGGGACGUCGCACUAUUCAAUGAAAGGAGGGGCAGACAUGUCUGCAAAGAAGUUUCUCGUUGCCACGGAAAAGGCCUUCACCAAGCGACUGCUGCAGGAGCUCGCCAAUCGCAACCCGACCGCGGCGGCCUACCUGAUGAUGGCCAUGCCAGAGGUGUACGGGCCACAUUCCGAUGAGUUCCCCCCGCUGUUUGCCACCACCAACUAUCAAGUGGUCAUUCACUCCGACCCGUCGGACGACGGCGUAGCAGGCAAGCUGAACCCGCAGACAGGACGCGCCAUAUGGAAGCCGACCCCCAAGGAGGAGCUUCCGGAGGAGCUUCAGGCCCGUAAGCUAUGCGCGCAAUGGGCGGCAGGCUACGCCGCCGCUCCGCCAACCGUCGUUGGCGAGUGGGUAUUUGCGCUGCCAGAGCAAGGCUUCUACCUGGUGCUGCAGCCCGACUGCUUGUGGACAUGGAUGCCUGACAAGCUCCACGGAGCGGCGGUGCUUGACACGUCCGGCGGCAGUCGCCACACAGCUGUUGUGACGCUGCCCCUUGCGAUUGUCGUGGCCAUCCAAAAAUACGGCCUCCCUGAUGAAGAUGAAUAA